AUGCAGUUCAAGAUCCUCGUCACCCUCCUCCCCCUCCUCGCGGCCGCCGUCCCGCUCUCCUCGUUCACCGACACUGUGGACCCUAACACCGCCGCUCUCGAGGACAUCCAGGCCCUCAAGAGUGACCUGACCAAGCUCGACAACGCCGUCCAAAAGUUCGACGGCAACCUGGCAUCCGCCAAGCCCCUGAAGGAGGACGCCACCAGCGCCCAGGAGGACGUCGAGAAGGCGUUGAAGGACUCCAAGGAGAUCACCUCGCUCACCCCCGAGGUGAAGCAGAAGUUGACCUCUGCCAUGCGCCAGUUGAAGCCCGAGGCUAAGAGCGCUUUGCAGCACUUGGUUGAAAAGGAACCCCAAUUCCAGCAAUCCGGCCUGACCCAACCUAUCGGCGAGAACUUGCAGGGUCUCAAGGGUUCCCUGAGCGAGGUCGAAAAGACCUUCUUGGCCCAGGCCUCUGGCCAGGAAGCGCAGGAGCUCACCCAGGCCUCGAAGGAGAUUGGUGGUGAGCUGGAGAAGGCCAUCAAGGCUUUCUCUGCUUAG